AUGCAUCACCAACUGAGCCUGUCGGCCCUUGCGUGCCUUGCCCCUCUGGUCCUCGCCCUGCCGCAGCCGCAGCAGCCGCCGGCGCCAUGCGCACCGGUCCAGAUCGUCGUUGCCCGCGGCAGUCUCGAGGCCCAGGGUGCCGGGCUCCUCGGCAACAUCGCCAACAAGUCGUCGAUGGCGAUUCCCGGCUCCAUCAUCACGCCGUUGGUGUAUCCUGCGCAGCUUGACCCGUACCCGCCUUCAGUGUCUGCCGGCGUCGGCAAUAUGACACAGCUCCUCACUUCGCAAGCCCAGGCGUGCCCUAAUACCAAGUUUGUGUUGAUGGGAUACUCUCAGGGAGCGCAAGUUUCGCUUGAUACUCUCUGCGGAACGACAGACGGGCCCAACUUCAACGCCACACAGGCGCAAGCACCGAUGCUUGGCAACAAGAUCGCAGCCGUCGUCUUGGUCGGCGACCCAACCAGCAUCGCAACGCAGCCCUUCCAGAAGGGCACCGCCAAGAAGAAUGGCAUCUUCCCCCGCCAAGACUUCGGCGCCUGCCAAGGUCUGACGUCCAAGUUCAUCUCCUUCUGCGACGAGACGGACCUCUUCUGCGCCUCGGGCCAGAACCUCACGGUCCACCUGGGCUACUUCCAAAAGCAGGACUACGUUGACCAGGCGGUCAACUUUGUCGCCAUGAACAGCAAGUAG